AUACAUGCUAUAAUAAUAUAUUAUCUCAGGGCACUUUAUUACCAAAUUCUUUCACUGGCUUGUCUACAUGUUAAUAGAUAAGCCAUUAUGACCUUUGGGAGGAGAGAAAGACUUAAAUAAAAUACUCUUCACAAUUUGGUCCGAUCUUUGCUGACCUGUUGUGAAUGUUUUAGGCAACAUGAAGAGAAUCCGUUUCACCCCGAUGUGCACUGGGUGCACUCUUCUCGGGGUUGCAUCGAUUGCCACCAUAGUUGGGUUGUGGACAGUUCAGCUUCUUCCCUCUCCAAAACCUGCUGUUGAACCGUGGGACAGCUACCGUCUGCCAGACACACUGGUACCAGACUACUACAACAUCACUUUAUGGCCCAGACUCCAGCCGAACACAGAUGGCCUCUUUGUCUUCACCGGAAAUUCUAGCGUUGUCUUUAAAUGCGUGAGAGAGACGGAUCUCAUCCUUAUUCAUACCAAUAAACUAAACCUGACUUCAUUGGAUGGACAUCUGACUAAACUCUCUGCACUCGGUACCACAGCUGUGCCCUCAAUAAAGAAGACUUGGCUGCAGAAGACAACACAAUAUCUUGUCAUACAACUGAACGGCAAACUGAACGCAGGAGAGUUUUAUGUGCUUUACACAGAGUUUGUGGGUGAACUUGCAGAUGACCUGGCGGGCUUCUACAGGAGUGAGUAUUAUGAAAAUGGAGACCUAAAGAUUGUAGCCACUAGUCAGAUGCACCCCACACAUGCCCGCAAAACCUUCCCAUGUUUCGAUGAACCUGCAAUGAGAGCUGUUUUCUACAUCACUCUCAUCCAUACAAAAGGAACGGUGGCUCUGUCCAAUGGCAUGGAAAUCGAGAAAGUGGACACCAUUCUCGAUGACCAAGAUGUUACAGUGACAACAUUCGAACCAACAAAGAAGAUGUCCUCCUAUCUGUUGGCGCUGGUUGUCUGUGACUACGCAAAUAUUACAUCAGAGGACGACACUUUGAUACGGAUAUGGGCUCGUAACAAAGCCAUCGUCGACGGCCACGGUGAUUAUGCCCUAAAUAAAACUGGGCCGAUUCUCAAGUUUUUUGAAAAAUAUUACAGCGUAUCAUAUCCACUCUCUAAAUCAGACCAGAUUGCUUUGCCUGAUUUCUAUUUUGGAGCAAUGGAGAACUGGGGUCUGGUGACCUACAGGGAGACAAACCUUCUGUAUGAUCCAGUCAUAUCCUCAAAUGCAAACAAGGAGAGAACAGCCACCAUCAUAGCCCAUGAACUGGCUCACAUGUGGUUUGGGAACCUUGUGACUCUGCGCUGGUGGAAUGAAGUGUGGCUGAAUGAAGGUUUUGCCUCUUACGUAUCAUAUCUUGGUGCAGAUUUUGCCGAACCAUCCUGGAAUGUGAAAGAUCUGAUCAUCCUCAAAGAUGUACAUCGUGUUUUUGCCGUGGAUGCUUUGGCCUCCUCGCACCCUCUGUCCUCUAAGGAAGAAGACAUUAUAAAACCAGAACAGAUCACUGAGCAGUUUGACGUCGUCUCCUACAGCAAGGGGGCGUCAGUUCUGAGAAUGCUGUCAGACUUUCUUACCGAACCUGUGUUUGUCCAAGGACUAAAUACAUAUCUUACCAACUUUGCCUAUCAAAACACAGUAGCCGAAGACCUGUGGGAACACCUACAAACUGCAGUAAAUAAGACUGGAGUAGUUCUUCCCUCAAGUGUCAAAGCCAUAAUGGACCGCUGGGUAUUUCAGAUGGGUUUCCCAGUGGUCACGGUCAACACUUUGACAGGUCAGGUGUCUCAGGAACACUUCCUUCUGGAUCCAGAAUCUAUAGUGGAGAGGCCAUCAUCUCCAUUUAAUUACGAAUGGAUCGUGCCUAUUAACUGGAUGAAGUUGGGGACGGAGCACUCACGGAUCUGGCUGUUGGGAAAAACUGCCUUUUACAGUGAAAUGAUGACUAAUGGCAGUGAGUGGGUUCUGGUCAAUCUGAACGUCACUGGAUAUUACAGAGUCAACUAUGAUACUGUGAACUGGGAGCGUCUGCUGAAUCAAAUGAAUGAGAAUCAUGAGGUCAUCCCAGUUAUCAACAGGGCUCAGAUCGUGGAUGAUGCUUUUAACCUUGCAAGGGCCAAGAUAGUUUCUGUCACUUUAGCACUAAGAUCUACAAAAUACUUAAUUCAAGAAAGAGAAUAUAUGCCAUGGGAGUCGGCUCUCAACAACCUGGAUUAUUUCUACAUCAUGUUUACACAGACAGAUGUCUAUAAGCUUUUACAGGACUACCUCAGAAAGCAAGUGACGCCCCUUUUUACACAUUUUAAAAAUAUUACUGAGGAUUGGUCACAUGUACCCGUAGGGCAUACAGACCAGUACAACCAGGUAAACGCCAUUAGAGUUGCCUGCAGUACUGGAGUAGAUGGGUGUCAAAGUCUCACCUCAGGGUGGUACAAACAGUGGAUGGAUAAACCGGACCAUAACCCGAUUCAUCCUAACCUGAGGUCUACAGUGUACUGCAGUGCCAUUGCAGCAGGUGGGACUGAAGAGUGGGACUUUGGUUGGAAGAUGUUUAAGAACGCCACCAUCGCUACCGAAGGCGAUAAACUUAUGACUUCUCUGGCUUGUACUAAAAAUAACAUGCUUUUAGAAAGGUACCUUGGAUACACACUUAAUGCAUCAAUGAUCCGUAAACAGGACGCCACUUCUGUUAUUGUGUAUAUUGCCAACAAUCCAGAUGGUCAAAUGCUGGCUUGGGAAUUUGUCAGAAAUAACUGGAAGUACAUGUUCACAGAAUACGGCGUGGGUUCAUUUAACUUUGCCAGUCUUAUAAGUGGCAUAACCAAAACAUUUUCGACUGAUUCACAACAUCAGCAGCUCCUGAAGUUUCAGAGUGAUAAUUCAGAGACGGGCUUUGGAUCAGCGACAGCAGCUUUGGAGCAGGCCAUUGAGACAACAAAAGCCAAUAUAAGAUGGGUGUCUGAAAACCAGAGAGAAAUCAAAGACUGGCUUUUGGCUGAAACUGGUUAAACACAACAGAUACUUUACAAACAACAUUAGUUUACAAUCUGUUCUGCAGCUGACAGGAAAACUUUUGGUUAACCAUAAAGGCUCUAUUUUUGUAUGUAGUGACAAAAUUACAGUAGUUUGUUCAAGAAAUAGUGUAUGAUAUGUGUAUUGAUUGUUAAGUUGUAAUUGGGAUUUUAAUAAUAUAUACUGUAUAAAAGCAAAAGUUUAAUUAACUAGUGAUUUUGGAAUGAAACACAAAACUUACAGGACUUUUAUGAAGUACAGAAAUGGGUUGUAAUGCUCUAAAACAUUAUGGGGUAAUUAUAACACUUUCACAUUUUAAUCAUUUUCAGAAACCCUCUUUUAAGAGGUUUCAUUCAUUGCAACUGAUACCAAUGCUGCCCUUAUGAACUUUGGAUACAGUAUAUGCACACUGUACACAUAGUCAAUGUUGUAGCUAAAAACAUCAAUCUGAUUGGUCUGUGUGUGCUGCUGAACUUUCAAUAUUAAAAACAAUAUCUUAAAACGUAUAUAACUGUGGAAAAUAUUUUUUUAU